UCACCAAGGUUAGAACAGCACAAAGGCCAUUCGGAAAUACUUAAGAGAAAACGACUACAGCCACUUCCAACCCACCUGGAACCUUCGAAUUUUUUGUUCCAAAAAAAGUGAAAUAAAAAACCGUUGUGACUGCCUACCCUGGGAGAAUUAAAAGCGAGAUCGUUCUCACAUAAGAUUUCUGCAUUCGUCUAAUUCUUAAUGGAAACUCCUAAAUCUUCGAGAUGUGAAUUUCUGCCCGAUGAAAUCAUCAUCCCAAACAGUAUGGAGCAUGUUAACAUUAGGAUAUUUCGUCUGAUCCUAGAUAGUGGUGACUCUGAAGCAUGUUGAAAGACGAAAGCCAGCGCCCGCUUUGCAGGCUCAAUGUUAUGUAGGAGAGGGGAAAGGGAAAAAUAGAGAAAGCAUCAAUUUUCUUGCAUUUUGAGAGCCCAUUUCUUUCCCGGAGAGCGCGAUCCGUUGCAACCUGCCUCACCCCGAGCGAAGACCAUUUUAUCUUGGAUGUGUAUGCAUGAGUUCUGCACUGAAUGGGCGCAAAACCGGCCCCAAGUCGCCCGGAACCAUCCUUCACCUCGGGAAGGCGCAAUACAGAGAAGCGGAGCGGAGAGGCAGCUCGGAGAGCGCCGCCAAGUCCUUCCGAGCACUGGACGAGUGUAGGAUGAUGGUGCAAGACUUCAACACCCAAGUUGCCCUUUACCGUGAACUGGUCAUAUCCAUUGGAGAUGCCUCCGUGGAUUGUCCGUCCUUGCGAUCUGAAAUGCAGAAGACGCGGACGAAGGGUUGUGAGAUGGCACAAAGCGCACAUCAAAAGCUCUCCGCAAUCUCGGGGGCUGAAGAUGGGGAAAUCCAUCCAGAAAUCUGCAGGCUUUAUAUCCAACUCCAGUGUUGUCUAGAGAUGUAUACAACAGAGAUGCUGAAAUCAGUUUGUCUACUAGGAUCCCUUCAACUUCAUUGGAAAGAAAAGGACUCCUUGGUGGUUCCCAAAGUAAUAGACAGUAGAAAGGAAGAGAGUUCCCAAGCUCCAAUUUUAGAAGAUACACCAUCAUCUCCUCUCCAAGAUCAACCGUAUUCGUGGCAUGUUUCCACAGAUAUAGAAAAUACUGAAAGAGACAUACGAGAAAUGAAAAAUCUUCUAAGCAAACUCAGGGAGACUAUGCCUUUACCAUUGAAGAACCAAGAUGAUAGCAGUCUCCUCAAUCUGACUCCAUAUCCACUAGUGAGAAGGAGGAAACGGAGAUUCUUUGGACUUUGCUGUCUUGUAUCAAGCUAGAAUAUGGAAAGAAAAUGAAGGAAAAAAAUAAAUGUUAGUAUUAAUUCUUCGGAAUAAAUGCUUCUGGUGAGAAGAUAUUUCCCCCUUGGUUAUUUUUAUGUAUCUCUUUUCAUCUCCAAAUAUUUUUGAACAUUAUUACAAGUAUUCACAAAGUCUCUGCUAAUGGUUUGCCUGGAUAUAUGUCAUAAAUUUGAUUUUCAUAUGCUGAACUCUUAAAAGAUGAUUUUUCAUGAAUAAAAAUGAAAUGUACAUGAUUUUGUAGCUUGAUGAGGACAUGUGAGUACAUUAUGUAAAGGUCAUAGCCUAUUUAAAAUAAAAUGGUACAAAUAUUUCCUUAACAGAUUCCUUAACUCUUGGAAUGAAGAGUCCUAAAGCAGAUUUGAAAAAAAAGAAACUUGUGUUUAAAUGGAGUAAUGCGAUAGGUUGCUUACCCAAGCUGUAUCUAUUAAUUAAUUCCUUACUGCUUGAAUCUUCAUGGCAAUUAGUGCAAUAGAUCCCCUAUAAUUCACAUUAAUGGAAGCGAUCCAUCUCUGGAUUGUGACAAUUGGCAGAUAUUUGAUGGACUCCAGAGUUGAACAAGUCAAGAUGCAGGAUGAUUUGAAUCUAAGUUCAUAUCACAGAUAAAAUUCAGUCUGAAAAAAUGUGUAGCACGUCACGUGGGGACAAAGAAUCCAAGAAUAAACAUUUUGCAAAAUUUAAAGAAACACCUGACAAAGUAGAAUGCUGACAGGGGAUGGGUGGGGGCAGAUUGGGGUUGUGGUUUUGGAGGUAAGCAAUGCUUGAUAAUCAUGAGAUUAGCAACUCACAACUGUACCAAAAGUUUUGAAUCAAUAUAGUGAAUUAAUACUUCCAUGAUAUAAAUUAUUGAUGUAGUAACAGUACAAAAAAAAGAUACUGCACAAAAUUUAAAGAAACAUAUGGGGGGCAACUUGCAUGAAAGAAUGAGAGUUUGAAUGAACAUAUAACACAUAGUCAGUUUUAAAACGAUAAGAGAUGAUUUACUUGACUACCAUUUAUAAUUCCACCAUAGCUAGGCAAACCCAAACUAUUUCAAGUUUUUGUUUUAAAAAACUUGAAUUAGAGACUCUGCUGAAGAGAGAUACAUUCACUUGGAAGCAGGGUGGUCUGUCUGUGGGACAAGCUUCCUGGAAAAACAAGGAAAACAAACGGUGUUAAUUUAUUCAAUUGAGGUUAAGUAUGAUGUUUUCCCGAACACAACACCAUUCAACCAGUUUGAGAUACAACAUAUGGUAAGUGCAGAAUGCUUGAGAGUGAUCUUGGACCAAUUGUGCAAAACCUUUCAACCACUGAGGUUUCUCUCACUUCAUGUAUGGUUCUGUUUGUCAUUAGAGAUUGACAGUCGUGCUUAGUGAACAAUUAGAGUAUAUGAUUACCAAGGCUGUAGAAGGAAACAUGGAAGAAUUUGUGUGUUUUGUUUGUCUGAUAUUAUUUGUGUUUCUGUGUUUUUGAAGGAUAUUAUUUGUAUUUCAAUUUGAAAAUCCAGAAAUCUUGGAAUAUAGAACAAUUCAGCAAAGGAACAGGCCCUUGAUUCCUAUGUAUCUGUGGUGAUCGUUAUGUUAAUCUAAUCUCAUCUGUUAGCAUGUGAUCUGUUCCCCUCCAUUCCCUGUUUGUUCAUGUGUCAUCCUAAAUGCCCUUAAACAUUGCUAUAGUAUCAGCUUUCACACCUGUCGCACCAAUGCACUCCAGGCACCUACCAUUCUCUGUGUAAAAGAAAACUUCCCUCACCCAUCUCACUUUAAACCUAUUCCCUCUAGUUUUUGACAUUGUCUUUGUGGGGGAGGAAACACUUUAUAUACCUGCCUCUGUCUCUCAAAAUUUUAUAUACUUCCAGUAGGUCAGCCCCUCGGCCAAUGUUGCUCCAGAGAAAACAAUCCACGUAUCCACGUUUGUCCACAAAUCUCUCUUAUGGCCCAUACUCUCUAAUCCAGACAACAUUGUGCUAAACUACUUCUGCGUCUCUCAAAAGCUUCCACAUCUUCCUAUGAUAUGGCAACCAGAACACAGUACUCCAAAUGUUUUCUAAAUAAAGAUUUAUACAAUUACAACAUGACUUCCCAACAAGUAUCCUCAAUGUGUUACGAUUAGUAUAUAGUUGAAUAUACCUUAGAUAUGGAACAAAGAAGCAAACACCACCAAUAAUACAAAUCAAAUUCAGCAGGCAGUUUCCAACUUUGCCACAUGAAUGCCGAAAUGAUGAUGCAGAUUGUCCUGUCAUUUAAACAAAAGUCAGUCAGGCUCAUGAGGUCAUUUCCCAGUGGAUGAAGCUAAAAGUCAUCCCUUUAAUCUGUCUUGAGGCAAGAAGUCAAUUUUAACCAGUGAAGAUGGAUUUAUUUAGGAAUACUUGUGCUAUCUGGUGAAAGUUAUUUUUCACACAAAUCUAGCAAAUCUGGAAAAUCAUUAUUUGGAAUGCACAAUACUGACAUUCUCCAAUGCUAAAUCUUAUAAUUUUUGAGAACGGUUCAACAAAACUGUUGAAUAUACUCAACAAGUCAGCAGCAACUUUGAACAGAAGCAAAAUCAAUAUUGCAAAACCUAUUACAGAUACUUUUUUUAUUUUACUUUCGUAUCAUAAGUAAUUUUAGCACAUGUACAUAUUUUAAACAAAGGCUUAAUUUUCAGCUAUGUAAUAGAUGUCACUCUCAGCACUAGAAAUUCAGAAUUCAGUAUCAUGCUGUGUGUUUCUUUAAUUUUGUUUAAAUGAAAAGAAUGACUCAAAUGUGCAAUAUAUCAAAAUAUAAAGUGUAUCUAUAACUAUGUAUACAAUUACCUUGUAGCAAUCAUGACAUUUUGUUAACAAUAGAAAAUAAAAGCAUGAUACUUACAUAUGAAGAUUUGUGUAACGUUUGAUGUUCUUAGCUAUGCCAGAGAUAAUUCUGUCUAAUACAAACACAUUUCACAUUAAUUAAAUAAUUAUUAUGUUAAACCCUAGUGUUGACAUUUUGAUGGACUAUUGUUACUGAUGAAAAUUGGAUCUUUUGCAUGAUUAAAAUAAUGUGCAUUCUUCAGAAAGAAGGCAGCAUUACCAAAUCAGGGGUAGGGGGUUGCUCCUAACAGAAAAUGAACAGAGGGAUUAAAAGUAUGAAACCCGUAUUUAUCCCUGCCAGUCUGUGGCAACAUUUACUCUCUAUGCCAAUA